UAUAGGCUACAAAAGUUUAGGCUGCUUCAUCAAAGCUGGUAUUUGUUUUUUAGUUCGGCUGACGUUUAUGGAUAGCCUGCUGUGUGUUAAGUGGAAUGUGUGCAUGCCAACAGAGUUGCUUACGGGAAGCAAUGAAGUACACAUUUAUUUUACCAAGUAGGCCUUAUUACAUACUAAAGGUUAUGAUCAAAUGUAACUCUGGUUCCUUUCCACUGUCAGGUUUGUGUACGCGUUUGUUUUCAAUAUAAUUGACCUUGAAUAGCCUCCUAAUGUCCUGUGGCUUGGACAGGCUGCAUCUUAAUUCCCUUUAAAUCCCUCUACAACAGAUUGCCAUAUGUGAAGCUCUGAACACAAGCCAGCAGUCCUCUGUCUGGCGUCCUGACUUGUCUUGUUGCUUAUUGACUAUAUAGACUAAAUGAUGACAAUGAUGAUCUUUAAAACAUGUACAUCUUCGUAAUUGCACUGGUAUUCAUUAGGUGCUCAUCAGGAGUUGGGCAUUCUCUUUGGAUGGGCGUUCCUGGCCUCAUGCAAUGACAUAAACACACAUCUCAUUUUGUUCAGCUGUCCUUGGCUUAUCUGCAACUACAUUUCCUUUAACCUGAUACAGCAGAUCAGUCAGGAGACAUGUUCUACUACACUUCAUUUCAGUGUUAACAUCCUGACCCCCGAAUGCUCACAAUCACUAUUUACAACCAGAAUAUCCAUUGUCAUUUGUUUAGCUAGAAAUACAUGGGUUUUGUUUCCUUAACCAUAUUAUGUCAGAGUAUCUUUUUUAUUUCAGUCAAGUCUUGGAGCGUGGAGACUGCUGUUUCACCAGCUAAAAAACACAGUUUGUCCUUGUCAGCCCUUUGGUUGAAUAUACAACGCAAGUGUGAUCACCGUGGUGUCAAUCAAAUCCUCUUGACAGGCAGGGUGCUUGGGGAAAGGUAGUGGAUGCCGGCCCGGUGUCGACUCUUGACUGAUCACCAGGGCCCAACCUCUUCUAACAACGGAUCAGUUACUGCCAGAUGAGUUUGCAUCUUCAAGAAUUGAAGGAAAGUUAACAAGCGGAUGAUGAAUCGCUACACCAACCUGAAGCAGCUGGGUGAUGGCACCUAUGGCAGCGUGCUGAUGGCGAGAAGCAACGAGUCUGGAGAACUGGUGGCUAUCAAGAGAAUGAAGAGGAAGUUUUAUUCAUGGGACGAAUGCAUGAACCUAAGAGAGGUCAAGUCCCUGAAGAAGCUGAACCAUGCGAAUGUGGUGAAACUCAAGGAGGUAAUCAGGGAGAACGAUCACCUCUACUUUGUCUUUGAAUACAUGAAGGAGAACCUCUACCAGCUUAUGAAGGACAGAAAAAAGUUGUUCCCUGAAUCAGUGAUAAGAAACAUAAGCUUUCAGAUUUUACAAGGCCUGUCAUUUAUUCACAAACAUGGUUUCUUUCAUCGAGACAUGAAGCCAGAGAAUCUGCUGUGCAUGGGUCCAGAACUGGUCAAAAUAGCAGAUUUCGGACUGGCCCGAGAGAUCCGCUCCAAACCCCCCUACACAGACUACGUAUCUACCAGAUGGUACCGAGCUCCAGAGGUCCUGCUCAGGUCUGCUACCUACAGCUCUCCUAUUGACCUGUGGGCUGUGGGCUGUAUCAUGGCUGAGCUCUACACUCUCAGACCUCUUUUCCCAGGGAACAGUGAGGUGGAUGAGAUCUUUAAGAUCUGCCAAGUCCUAGGCACCGUCAAAAAGACGGAUUGGUCAGAGGGCCACCAACUAGCAUCUGCUAUGAACUUUCGCUUUCCCCAAUGUGUGCCGACCCACCUGAAGACCCUCAUCCCUAAUGCCAGCAAUGAGGCUAUCACCCUGAUGAGGGACCUGCUGCAGUGGGACCCCAAAAAAAGACCCACUGCUGUACAGGUCCUGCGUUACCCGUACUUCCAGGUAGGCCAGAUCUUAGGGCCUCGCCCCCAGAGCCAGGAGGUCAAGAAGGUCCAGGCCAGGCCGCCGGCCCAGAAGCAGGUCUCGGAGUCCAAGGCUGAUCCUCAGCAGUCUUCCUCUGAGUCCAAAGCCUCCACAUCCUCCUCCAGAAACCAACAUCAUCAGCCUCUUCAGCAGAUGCCCCUUCCCCAAACUGAGAGUAAACCAGGCCUCAGCCAUGCAAAAGCAGCGCUGCUGGGCAGUGAGAACAGCGUUGGUGUUGGUGGUGGGAUUGGGGGGCAGAAGAGUGGCCGGCGUCGCUGGGGCCACACGGUGGCCAAGACCCCCCAAGACAGCUGGGAGGAAUACGAGCCGUCAGAAACCGCUGCCUGCAACUCCAAGAAACCCAGCCUGGGGAAAGCAGAGGAGGAGGGGAGCCUGAAGGAGCACCACCCACAGCCCAAGGAGCAGAAACCUCUGUAUUCCUUCAGCACAGUCACUAAGCUACCCAACAAUGUUAAGGCUGGACAAAUGGACUCUAAUCUCCCGGGAUCCGCUGCCCGGCAGCACUACCUGAGCCAGUCCCGAUACAUGCCAGGGUUGAUCGGCAAGAAUCAGACUUCUGGAGAUAAGGAGUUGAGUGGUUUGACCCUGCGGGACUUGUGGGAGAACUCCUCAAACACCGUAAAUAAACCGCUUGCUCCUAUUGGAGGAGGAUUAUCUGUGACCAGAGACAACGCAGAAGAGAGUGCCCCUAAAAGUGAGGAUAGCCCACCAGAGAAAACGUUUGUUAAAGAGAGAAUACUGGAGAAAAUCGAUCUCUCCAAAGGGAACUUUGUAAGCACCAAAUACAACCUCUCUGGCGGUUAUAUCCCUUCAUUCCAAAAGAAAGAGGUGGGCUCGGUGGGGCAGAGAAUCCAGCUUGCUCCUUUGGGUGGCCACCACACAAUCAAUCUGUCUUCUUCUCCUGAUAAUAAAAAAGACAAAUCGAAAUCUGCAAAGCCCAUAUCCAACUCAUCUUUGAGCGAAGCUAAUGAAGAUUACGAGGCCUGGAAGAGGAGGGCAGACAGAACUCAGAUGAAGGGGAGCAGCUACUCCGCCCUGGGGAAAACGUCCGGGAAUCUCAUGACCAGAGCUCCGCCCGUGCAGCCCGUCCACGGCAGGGUGGACUGGGCAUCCAAGUACGGCGGGAAUCGGUAGUUCAGAGCGGUCAUGCAGCUUCUACUGCCUGCUGAUUUUGUAAACAUUUUAUAGAAAUAAAUACAUGAACGUUCACAAGUCAUUCAUUCAAAAAGGA